CUACUGUCACUACACAAAAAAAAACAAUACAUCAAAAACUUAAAAAACUGUGAUUUCAGUUUAAUUUUAUUAAUUUAUUUACUUAUUUGCUCGGCAUUUUAUCCGGCAGGUCAUAUUAGUUACAAUGAUAACACUGUAUGUCAAUAAUGGAGUUGCUUAUGUGUGGAAUUCAGAAGAUUGGUAUAUUCUACGGUCAAAACAUCGCAUAUGCGGAUCUUUGAUUGGUUCAGUAGCAUCAUUUCCUCGUCAAAAUGAUUUUAAUGGUUUACCCAUGGCUCUUAUGUCGGAGGAGGCAGCCUUACUUGUAAACAAUAAUAUUUGUGAACUAGUUGAAUUGCCACAACUAUGUGAUAAGCCAUCGGAAAGUGUCAAAAAAGAAUUUACAGAAUGUGAACAAAGGGUAAAAGAAGAACAAACUGAGGCUUUGAGAAAACGAAAAAUUGAACAAAUGAAACAAAAAAUACAUUUGAUAGUUGCUGGUAAAAAGCAAAAAUUAGCAGCUAAGGGAAUAACAGAUGUUGAAUUAGACCAUCAGACAUUAUUACAAGAGGAGAUUGAUAAGUUGCCUAAAGUGGCAGCUGCUCACCUUCUAGUACACCUUCCCACUGAACAUUUUAUAAGCACAGAUAAAAAGCAUGUCUCUCUAGACAUGUUGAAACCUAGUGUUGUGGAUGUAGAAGGUGCCUUGCGCUGCUCUGUGUUUAGUGAUCUCUGGAGGAAGGGUCAUUACAUUACCAGUGGCUCUAAAUUUGGAUGUGAUUACUUAGUAUAUCCAGGAGAUCCUGUGAGGUUCCAUGCCAGUUAUAUGGUGCGCUGUAUACAUGACCACCAGACUGCUUUUCGUCCUGCAAACAUAGUGGCUUUUGGAAGAUUGUCAGUAGCUGUUAAUAAAAUGGCUGUGUUUGCAUUCUGUACUAGCAAUGGAAAUGUUGAUUAUCAAACACUACAAUGGCAUGAUAAUGUUGUAAAUGGAUAAAAUUGGA